UUGACUUUUUCAACAACUGUGGUUUGUAUAUUAGCCAAAGAACUAAAGUUUUGUGGCACUUCUAUUGACAAAAACUGUCUUGCUGGAGAAAUUAAUUAGUUUGUGGUGAUCAAUCUGUUUCAAGUGUUAAAACCCAAAUGUUGUGUCAUUUUUAACGAGCUUGAGAACUAGGAAGAUAAUGGAUGCCGGUUCCCUGUUUGUUUAUCCAACACCAUUCAGACCCAUACCAGUUUAUGGCCAAGCUUCUGCCUUUGAUCUCCAUAGACUUGCUUCACAUUGUGCAUCUUUAAAUGGCUGUAUAAGACCAUCACCUUUGAAACUCUGUGACAAUGCACCGCGGGAUUCAACUUUUCAGUCUCCAAUUCAUAUGUCUCCUUAUAGUCUGGCAGUUAGUGAACACAUUAAAAGAUUGCGACAGGAAAAUAGUGCAAAAAUAUUGGAUCAGCAAGCACACACAUUGGCUCAGUCACCCCAACUGUCAACAGGCCAUUUUCCUAUAUCCAGACCUUCUAUGUCCAUUAAUAGUACCCCAUUGAAUUUAUCUGUUCAGUCAUUUACGCCGAAAUUCAAUGCGGCAGAAAUAAACACACAGAUUCCCGGAAACUCUGGGAGUUAUGGAGAGCACAUUUCACAACAAAUAUCACUUGGACGAAAACUGUUUCCGUGUCCUCAGUGUCGAUAUACAACCGAUCGAAGAAACAAUUUAAAACGACACAUGUUAACAAUGCAUCAGACAUGUUCCAAGCUACUGGAAUGUUGCGGGAUUCUUUUCAACACAAAGGCAUCAUUACGAGAACAUGCUAUGAUUUUUCAUUACCAUGGAUACACCUGCUUUUAUUGUGGUCGUAGAUUUUGUAGAAAGGCACUACUAAAGCGACAUCUAUCAGUGCAUAACGGACAAAAGGAUUUUGUUUGUACUAUUUGCGAUUAUGCAACGAGUCAUAAAAGUAAUUUAGAGCGUCACAGACGGGUUCAUGCCAGGCAUGAUGAUGGUAGAAGUGACAUUAGUUGUGAUCCGGAUCAGAAACCGAACUUUGACGAUUGUGAAUCCAAAAAUGCCGGUGAUAAAGAAUCUGAUCCGGAUAGCAAUGAAGAAUUGUCUGUCUGUUCCGAUAGUGAUGAAGAAAUAAACGUCCACACAGACUGAGACUUGUAUUUGUUUUGGACGUCUUUAUGGGUUUACUUUGUUGGUAUUGUGAUAGUGUAAGAUAUUUGAGGCAUGUUUAUGGUGCAUUAUUGUAUUUAUUUACAUAUUUGUUAUUGUAA